AUGCGAUGUCGACGACAGUGUGCCGAGCAGGCGCACAACUUUUUGAUCUGCCUUCUUUUGGGCAAUUUUGUGAGCGCCAAAACGCGGCCUCCGCGCCUUCGAGGACCCGCAUCGCGAGAGGCGAGUUGUUAUCAAAACACUUUUUCGUUAGUUUUGCCUACUUAGACGUCUUCUCGCUUCAUACCUUCUUCUAACGAUAUCUCUUUUCAGAUCCCGAGAUGGAUUUCCAAGCUUUCCCGUACGUGAUGAUCAUAGGCCCUAUCGCUAUUGGUAUUGUGACGUUUAUCGUUACGCUAUUGUGCUUCCUCUUUGGACCAAAACCCAAGAUGGACAAAGAGACGAAAUACAACAUAAUCAUCUGUACUCUAGCGUGAGUAACUUUCUAUAAAUUGCCAGACGUAAAAAAAUGUGCAUCCAGUUUUGAGAAAAACAAAAAAUCGUUUUUCGAGAAAAAUUCCGUAUUCUUAUCGAGCACGCAAAUUUCUCAAUUGAGUUUAUUUAGAUACCUGGCAAUGAUUCUGGCACCUCAAACAUUCUCUGCACCUUUGUACUACAAAGAAACUACGGUCAUCUUUGGAAGAGGCCUUCCGAGUUAUGCACACGUUCCUCUGCAUAUCGAUUGGGCUUUAGGCUCUGUGAUUGGACCAAGUAGCGUUUUUUGACAAUUUUCAGUGUCUACAAUGAAAAAGAACUCACUUUUACUCAUACUUAAAAUAUAUAGAGUAUAGUCGAAAGGAGUGAGACAGAGCUCUCGUAAUCAAUCAGUAAGAUUAUGCAGUUGGAAAACAGCCGCAUCCCAAUUUCAUAGUUUUAGCGAUGUCGACUUCUGGCAUAUUUUUGUCCUGAGAUAGGGAUAAAUGAUGAAACUUUCUUCUUUCCAUUGAAAUGUAUUCUUUCAGUUGCUUGCGUGUUCGUUCUGCGCCACAUGCACUAUUCUUACAUGCGAGCCUUGAACAGAAAUACGAGAGCUUGGCUUGUCGAGGGCCAACCGAGGCUCUGUGUGUUCGGUCUUCAGCUUUGUGCGGCUCUGUGUUUUUGUGCCCCGGUCAUAUUCAAUUAUUUCGGGUUGGAUGGAAAGGUUAUAACUAAAGUGAGUUUACACGAUUCUUUGUCGCAAAUUUUUUGGUUCCACAGACAAUUUUCCGAAAACUCACACCUAAAAAUUGCCUUCCUUGUGGGAUUUCUGAUUUUUUCUGUUCAUUCAGUCAUUAGGGAGUAAAAAGUAUAAACCGGAGCUGGAAUUUUUGGUUCUCCAAAAGGUUUUAAAGUUUCAAAGCAAAGUCGAGAUAGAAAGGGGUGAAGAAUAUUUUUUUGAACUCCGGAUGGAACUCCUAGACGAAACGUAACUAAUUCUGCGAUUCAGGUGGAUAAUCACAUGGUGAUGCAAAUUGAUCGGAAGAAACUUAUUGAGUUCUCGUUCUACAACGAAAUCCUCGCUAUCGCCGGUUUCGCCGCAACGAUCUCCGUAAUGACGCAAAUGGUAGCCUUAUUUCUACACGGCUCCUAUGCGUUCUACUCGUGGAGCGAUUCCCUUCAAGGAAGGACGAUGACAAGUGCGCUUCUGUUUGCAUUAGGCGUCGCCAUGCAGGUACGAAUUCAGACUUUGAUGAACACGAUCAAAUUUUGAAACUUUGAAGAUUGCUUGCGCUUUUUUGAGAGGAAGUAUUCCAUACAAAAUAUAUCGGAAAGUCAUGAAAUCUAUUUCCAUGGAAACACUUCUCACACAUGAUAAGGGAUUUUAUAUGGUCAAGAACUGAGAACCAUAAUCUGGAGUUAUGAACAAACAAAAAACUCGAGGCAAAUGCUAGAAGCCAAGAACGUUUUAUAAAUUUAUUUUUCUCUAGAGAAAAUGUUUCGGGAUCAGAAUUAUAAAAAAAUUUUGAAGUUCCAGAACAAAAAAAUUAAACUACUCCAACAAAAAACUGAACUUUUUACAGAUAGUCAUGCUGUUCAUCUUUUACUUCAUCCCUGUGCUGGUUUUCCAAUACCGCAUGUUCUAUAGAAUCUACGAGCCUAGUAUGACACUCUUUCUAUCUUUCAUUUCGAUAAUUUUCAGUUUUGAAUAACUUGCUGUCGCAAGUCUUGGUGAUCCAAGGAGCCGUCUCCAUUCUCGUUUUUGUAGGCGCUCAACCUUUUUUCCGGGAGCAGUUAGCCCUCUUUUUCACCUGUACGUUUUUUUCUUUGUUUUCGUAAGAUAUGAAAAGUGUUUCAGCCUUGUAAAGUAUAUUUCUUGCCAUAAAAUCAAAAAUGUCGUCAAUACUAGGGAAAUAAACCACUUUCAUCCCAAUAUAAUCUGGUGUAUAAUUAUUCUUGAUUUAAGUGAUUUUUAAGCUGAUUUAUGAUAAACUUAUUCGUCGAUGCUUUCAUUUCUUAUUAGAAGUCGACAUUUCUUGACAACUAUUAUUUAUUUCAUAAAGUUUCUGCUCACUAGUCAAUAUUUAUAAUCAAUCAAGAGAUUGUGUGAGCAAAAUUUUGAUUAAAUUCAAAAGGACUCACACCCGCUGAAUUCAAAAAUGGUAGAUUAUCACUGUCACAGCAAAAACAGUUUUCGUUGAACAAUUUUGAAAUUUCAGCAAUCCCCAAAUGGAUUUGGUCGUGUUUCCUGUGUAUCUUCAAGUCUCUUCGAGUGUGUUUUUUUCGUCUGUUCAGCCUCUUCCGAAGAUGCAUCGUGAGGCUUCUGGGCCGAUUCACACCUCGUGAAAAUACCUACGAAGAAACCGGAAUCGAAAUGAGAGAAGGAAAUGCAAGGGCAGCCAAUGUUAUCACUGUAAUAGGCGCCUCCCCCGUUGUGGUCAAUCCCUGUUAA